AUGUCUCCUGAUCAGAAAUUAGAGUCAGGAAACUCACCUCCAUACAAGGACUUCCCGAACAUGGCUUCUGUCAAUCAACACAAGACAAUUCCUUCAACUCGCCGGUUGUCCACUCAGAAGAUCCUCAAUCCCUGGAAUGCCCCCUCCCAAGAUUCAACCCUCACCUGGCAAAAACAGAAUCCAGAUGUAUUGGGAAAGCGCAAAAGGGCUGCAGAAUACAGGGGUACAAUACAGGAACAAGGAAUGAUCACUGGUGAUGGGAAAACAUUAGAUACUAUGCCAAGAAUAUCCAGUCAAAGUGUGAUUGCAUCGGAAGUACUGUCUGCCUAUCAUAUUUGUCCAGUCCAUCCAAUUCAUAUCUCAUCAUCUUCAGGCAUGAAUAUAGCGGCCAACUCUUUCAAAGAAGGUGGAUUCAAUUUGACACCUGAGCUUGAAACAGUCCAAAAACCAUCACCCACAACAAUGUGCAGUUCAAAUAAUAAUUCUGGGACAUCCACUGCUAAAGUUCUGAACAAUAAAUCAAAAAGAAUUAUAAAACAACCUAAGAUUGAACACAGAAAUGCUUUUUCAGUCAAUCAUCAGGUCCGGAAGUUGAUAUUCUUAGAACCUUUCAAACAACUAAACAAAUCACUUCCAGUCAGGAAAAAUGAAGCCUUAAUGGUCCAGAAAGACAUCCCACCAAUAAAAGCUGAGGUUUCCAAGCAAUACAGGCAAAACCAAUUGGCCAAUAAAUAUCAAGUCUGGUGUCAAAAUGAUCCAGGGCACAAAGCUCAACAAAGACGAGGUCACGGUAUUAAAGGAACAGGUUAA